AUGUUUGCCGCUCCCGAGACCAGUGUCCAGAUCACCCUCAAUGGCUCAGCCGACUGGGCGUUUUGGAACCGCGAGUUCCUUGCCAAGAUGAAGGCUCUCAACCUCCUCGACUACUUCGAAGGGAAGGAAGAUCUGGUUGAGAAGCCUCCGAAGCCCUUCAAUUCCAUCCAAGCCGCCGAAGACCAGAUAAACAAGGAGCUCCAAGACCUCAUCGUCCAACUGAAGGCAUCCUCGAGUCCCACCGCCAUCGGCCACAACGCCCCUGAUCUUGCGGGCCGUCAACAACAGGAAGGCGAGGCUCCCACCGAGCCAUCGACCACGACUUCUUCGACCGCGGCUCCGGCUGACGACAAGCCACUUCCUCCCGGCUACUCGGACCUGACCGCAGCCCAGAGAAAGAUCUACGACGAAAAGAAAAAGUGGUUUCAAGACCACUUCAGCCUCAUCGCCGCCGACGCGGCCAGGAACUACGACAACCAGCGCAGGGACUGGGAGAGCCAGGACUCCCGCCUCUGCCAGGCGGGAGCCUUCCUCAUGACCACCGUUGCGCCUCAUCUACGCCAAGCCCACUUCUCCGCCACGGGAGACUUCCGAGUGUGGUACAACAACCUGAAGCAGGCCCAGAAUAUAUUCGCAGUGGCACAAGCUGUCAAAACACGCCUAAGGGACCACUUUGGCGCUUUCGAGGCGCUCGAACACAAGAACAUGUCAUGGGCCGACUUCGAGCAAUGGCUUACCACGUGGGAGACUCUGAUUGAUGCGGCCUCACUUCAGAGACUAGUCGAAGCCACUCCCGGAGUUUGGUUCGCAAACCUCAUGAACGCUCUUAGCAAACCAUUUCCCUACUUCGUGUCUCUUUACCGGGUCAGCAAGCAUCACGACCUCGCCAAUCUGACCUUCCAAAGCGUAGCUACCGACGUCCGUAGAGGUGCGCAAGUAUAUCUCGCAGCAGCACCAGACCGAGUGGGCAAAGAUAGCGAACAGUUCGAGGAGCAGGACGAUCGGCCGUCAGGGCAGUCGGGCCGAGGCCGGGAAAGCGAGCCCCGACGCGAUAUAUCUCAACCCAAACGCAAGCUCAGUCCGGCCACUCGCCAGGGGCAGUGCCGCGCCUGCGAGCACAGCCACCCUACCGAGCGAUGCUACUACCUACGUCCCGAACUGGCUCCCAAAGACUGGAAAUCUAGAGAGCACGUCUGGGCACGCGUAGAAGCGAACCUUAUGGCCGACUCCUCCCUCCGGGCCGAAGCCAACCGUAUCCGGAGCAAGAGAUUCAGGAACAGCCUCACCGAGAGCACCGUCAAGACUGAGUAA